AUGUCACUUGGAACGUCGCAUGUUCCGGAGGCGCUAGCCGCCGAGCUCGAGGCCGUCCGCAACCGCGACGAGUCCUCUUCGACGGCCGAGAAGUACGAAGGUCUCGACAGCCACGCGAAGGACUCUGUGCGCGAUCUGGCGCGGUCUUUGACGCACGAAGGCGCCGCCGCUGCUGACGGCUCAGAGAGCCCCGUGAACCCGGUGUUCUCCGAUCCGAACGCACCGGACUACGACGCCCGGCUGGACCCGAACUCGGACGAAUUCUCGUCCGCGUUCUGGGUCCGCAAUCUGAGCGAACUGGUCCGGCAAGAUCCGGACCACUACAAGCCGUACUCGCUAGGAUGUUCGUGGCGCAAUCUGCGCGCCUACGGUAACGCCACUGACGUGGCGUACCAGUCUACUGUGGUCAACAUUCCCGUACAACUGGUGGAAACCGUGUAUCGGAUGGCUCGCAAGGCCCGGCCAGAAGACACUUUCAACAUUUUGAAACCCAUGGACGGUCUGGUCAAGCCCCGGGAACUACUCGUGGUCUUAGGACGUCCCGGUUCUGGCUGUUCUACAUUGCUCAAGACCGUUUCGGCCAAUACACACGGAUUUCACGUUGAUCCGGAGUCGCGCAUUUCGUACGACGGCCUCUCGCCUAAAGAGGUGGCCAAACACUACCGUGGUGAGGUGGUGUACAAUGCCGAGUCCGACGUGCAUUUCCCACAUUUGACCGUGUUCCAGACUCUAAAGACCGUGGCAAGACUUGCGUGUCCGUCUAACCGUAUCCACGGCGUGGACCGUGAGGCGUUCUCCACGCACAUCACCGAGGUCGCCAUGGCGACCUACGGACUCUCGCAUACACGCAACACCAAGGUCGGUAACGAGCUUGUCCGGGGUGUUUCCGGAGGUGAACGUAAGAGAGUAUCCAUUGCAGAGGUUUCGAUUUGUGGAUCCAAGUUCCAGUGCUGGGACAAUGCCACGCGUGGUCUGGAUUCUGCCACCGCUUUGGAGUUUAUCCGUGCUUUAAGGACCCAGGCCAAACUCACCGCCAGUGCCGCCGUUAUCGCCAUCUACCAGUGCUCCCAGGACGCGUAUGAUCUGUUCGACAAAGUCUCGGUGCUGCACGAAGGUUACCAGAUCUAUUUCGGCCCUGCGAAAGACGCCAAGGCGUAUUUCGAACGCAUGGGCUACGUAUGUGCGCCACGUCAAACCACUGCGGACUUCGUUACCGCGGUAACCAACCCUGCUGAGCGGCAGGUCCGCGCGGGCGCCCGCCCGCCCGCGUCUGCCGUUGAUAUGGAAACAUACUGGAAACAGUCACCGGAAUAUGCACAGCUACUGCAGGACAUAGACGAGUACGAGGCUUCUGGCGGCAACAGUAAAGAACAACUUGCAGCAAACCACGUGGCCAAGCAGUCGCGCCGUGCACGUGCAGCUUCCCCCUACACGGCCAGCUUCUGGUUGCAGGUCAAGUAUCUAUUGAUUCGGAACAUGCAGCGUAUUCGCAGUAACAUGGGCGUGACCGCGUUCCAGGUGAUUGGAAACGGAUCCAUGGCUUUCAUUUUGGGUUCCAUGUUUUACAAGAUUCUAAAGCACGACAACACGGCCGGCUUUUAUUCGCGCGCAGGCGCGCUGUUCUUUGCAGUGCUGUUCAAUGCGUUUUCGUGCAUGCUGGAAAUCCUCGCGUUGUACGAAGCUCGUCCUAUCUCUGAAAAGCACAAGCGGUACUCGUUGUACCAUCCGGCUGCAGACGCAAUGGCAUCGGUGAUCUCUGAGAUCCCAGCCAAGCUUGUCACGUCCGUGGCGUUUAACCUGGCACUGUACUUUUUGUGCAACUUCAAGCGCGAGGCAGGCGCUUUUUUCUUCUACUUUUUGAUGACCAUGGUGGCCACAUUUCUGAUGUCACACAUUUUCCGGUGUCUGGGUGCCUCGACCAAGACCUAUGCAGAGUCCAUGGUUCCGGCUUCGGUGCUGUUGUUGGGCUUGGCUAUCUACACUGGUUUCGCCAUUCCCAAGACCAAGAUUCUCGGAUGGUCCAAGUGGAUCUGGUACAUCAACCCGUUGUCGUACGUGUUUGAAUCUUUGAUGGUGAAUGAGUUCCACGGCCGGCGGUUUGCCUGCUAUGCGUACAUCCCCACGGGUCCAGGGUAUCUGGACGUUACGGGCACCGAGCAUGUGUGCUCUGCGGUUGGGGCCGUGCCAGGUCAGAACUACGUGGACGGUGAAACCUACAUCAACGUCGCAUAUGGCUAUUACCAUGCCCACAAAUGGCGUGGUCUUGGUAUCGGCUUGGCGUACGCCAUUUUCUUCUUGGGAGUGUAUUUGGCGGUGGUGGAGUUCAAUGAAAGUGCCAAGCAGCGCGGUGAGAUCCUGGUCUUCCCACACUGGGCCAUGGCGCGCAUGAAGAAGCAGCGUCGUCUGCGCGCGGCUGGCGCAGACCCUGCAGAUGAGGAGCACGGAGGUGCAUCUUCAGGCACCACCGAGAAGAAAAUGCUAGAGGACUCCGCAGAGGACGAUGACGCAUCUGCAGGUGCCUCUGCCGACGCGGGCCUGCUUUCGUCGUCGAAUGCGAUCUUCCACUGGCGUAAUGUGUGUUUUGACGUUGCCAUCAAAAAGGAGACGAGGCGGAUCUUGGACCAUGUGGACGGCUGGGUUAAGCCCGGUACGUUGACAGCGCUGAUGGGUGCUUCUGGUGCCGGUAAGACCACUUUGUUGGACUGUUUGGCGUCGCGUGUCACCACAGGUGUCAUCACAGGAGACAUGUUCAUCAACGGGUUCUUACGGGACGCUUCGUUUGCACGUUCCAUCGGUUACUGUCAACAGCAGGAUCUGCAUUUAGAAACAGCAACCGUGCGUGAGUCGCUUCGGUUCUCUGCGUAUCUCCGUCAGCCAGAUCACGUGUCGAUACAAGACAAAAACAGUUAUGUGGAUGACGUUAUCCGGAUUCUGGAAAUGGAAAAGUAUGCCGACGCCGUAGUAGGUGUGGCCGGUGAAGGGCUCAACGUUGAACAGCGUAAGCGUCUCACUAUCGGUGUGGAGCUGGCUGCUAAGCCCAAGCUGUUGCUGUUCUUGGACGAGCCUACAUCCGGAUUGGAUUCGCAGACCGCAUGGUCUAUUUGCCAACUGAUGCGGAAGCUGGCCAACCAUGGCCAGGCCAUCUUGUGUACAAUUCACCAACCUUCAGCGCUGUUGAUGCAAGAGUUUGACCGUCUGUUGUUCUUGCAACGUGGCGGAAGAACCGUGUAUUUUGGUGAGCUUGGGGCCGGUUGCCAGACCAUGAUCGACUAUUUCGAAAGCCAUGGCUCGCACAAAUGUCCCUCAGGAGCUAAUCCGGCGGAAUGGAUGCUGGAAGUGAUUGGUGCGGCGCCUGGAACCCAUGCAGCGCAGGACUACAAUGAAGUGUGGCGUAACUCUGACGAGUACCGUGCCGUGCAGGAAGAGCUGGAGUGGAUGGAACGGGAACUGCCCAAUCGUCCCGCCGUGGACACCAGCAGCGAGCAAUCGGAGUUUUCCACGUCUCUAGUGUAUCAGUACUCGCUGGUCACACACCGUUUGCUGCAGCAGUACUGGCGUACACCUUCGUAUCUGUGGUCCAAGGUUGGAUUAACCAUCAUCUCGCAACUGUUCAUCGGCUUCACGUUCUUCAAAUCAGAUAGCUCGAUGCAGGGCCUCCAGAACCAGAUGUUGUCGAUAUUCAUGUUUGCGGUGAUCUUCAACCCAACGCUACAACAGUAUUUACCUACUUUUGUGUCGCAGAGAGACCUUUACGAGGCCCGUGAACGGCCAUCGCGUACGUUCUCGUGGGUAGCGUUUAUUUUGUCGCAGAUCACUGUGGAGAUUCCUUGGAACAUUUUUGCCGGGACAAUCGGCUUUUUGGUAUACUACUACCCAGUGGGCUUCUACAGCAACGCCUCGUACGCGGGCCAACUGCACGAGCGUGGUGCGUUGUUCUGGCUGUACGCAACGGCUUUCUACGUGUUUACUGGGUCUAUGGCUCAGCUAGUGGUUGCAGGCCAAGAAGUGGCACAGGCCGCAGGCCAGAUCGCUUCCUUGCUUUUCACACUAUCGUUGUCGUUCUGCGGUGUGAUGGUGCAGCCUUACAACAUGCCAGGAUUCUGGAUUUUCAUGUAUCGGGUGUCGCCUUUGACGUAUUUCAUAGAUGGUGCGCUGUCGACCGGGAUUGCCAAUGCCAAAGUACACUGUGCAGACUACGAAAUGGUGCGGUUUACGCCACCUCAGGGACAAACCUGCGGUCAAUACAUGCAGCCUUACAUCACAGCGGCGGGAACCGGGUAUUUGAAAGAUUCCGGGGCUACCGACGAAUGCCAAUUUUGCUCGGUAUCGACGACUAACGACUAUUUGAAGGCUGUGAGCUCGAGCUACUCCCACAGGUGGAGAAAUUACGGUAUUUUCCUAGCCUUCAUCAUGUUCAAUUUUGCCGCAGCCGUGUUUUUCUACUGGCUGGCGCGUGUGCCUAAGAAGAGAAACAGAGUGGCUGACGAACGUAAGUCGGAUGCACAAAAGUUGAAGGAGAAAUAG